GGGACUUGUAGGCGCUUCGGGGCCACGCUUUACUUGCACAAAGCUUGGUCGUAGCCAACUGGGUGGGCUAAGCAAGCCAGGUGGGGAGGCCUUUUGGGGAGAGUGCAUCUUAGGUUGCUUCUAGGCUCAAGUCUGCUCCCUGUUGCCUGUGGUUCUCUGCAAACUUUGCUGUCCCACGUCUGUACCCCAGUCAUAAACGCAAAGCGUUGAAUCUCCUGGCCGGGUGGGUGGUCGGAGGUCUGCAAGCUCUCUUGAGACACCCCUUAGUGAACUUGGACCUACUUAGGUUGCCCCAGAUCCCCCCUCUAUUAAAUCGCGACCGACCAGUGGCCGAAUCUCCCUAAACCCUUGUUAAAUGGUCCUGUCUGGAAUUACUGUUGCCGGCCGUGGUAUCUGUUCAUUGAACCCUACGAGCCGGCUGGGUCGGGGCGGGGAUGGUGGUGGUGCACGCAAGGAGAGGUUUCUCCAGCGCGCUUAAGUUUGAAACCGACGAUCCCUUUUCUGCCUGCCGCGCUACUCUAGGAGCGUAAUGGCUCCCCAGGGCUGGGGCCACGUGCUCCGACACCCCAGCCAGGCAAGGCUGGGAUUGAAGGAGGAGGAGGAGCCCGCUGAGUGGCACGGCUGGUUGGUAGACAGCAACGCCUGUGGGGCAGGUUGCUGCAUAGGUAUAAAACCCAGGCAGGGAUCACACUUUACUUUCAAGUUGAGAGCCAAUACCUAGGGCCUGUUGAUAGAUGUAGCAGCUGGCAACAACCCCCCCCUCCAUCCCCCAUCCUCCUUCCCCUCCCUCCGCUGGCACUAAGGUCCACCUGAGGGCCCAGCAGGUACAAAACAGCAAUCUACAAAACUCUUGGACUCUUGCUAUGAGUUCAUUUGUUUUCUGGUUUCUUUGUAAAGAUGGAUACAGAAGCUAAGAAAGGCACCAGUCAGAGCAAGUGUACAGUUGGACUUGACUCCUAAGUUUGCUGUUGUGCUGGAUCUUCUGAGCUGGCUUGGGUAGUGGGAAGUGAGGCUUGAUUUGCUUCAUGUUCUGGAGAGGUCAUUCUGGACCCGAUCCUGCAUAGGCUUUGACAGUAGGAACCUCAGUUUGCUAUCCCUGGGCCUUUUGGUACUCCCGCUUCAAUGGCUUCACUCUGUUCCUUUCUCCAGACCUGUGUUGCUGGAGGGCAAUACCCUUGGGUGUUGUCAGACCUAGUGAUUGAGGAACCAUAACCUGCCUACGGCACACAGGUCCUCAGCCUGUCUUGCUAGGAGACAGUUGGUGGUACUCGGGGUAUGGAGGAACACGGCCUCUAGGUGUGUUCAUUUUCAGCUGGAGCUACAGCUGGGAGGGCCGUGGUGGCUGGAGUGUGGGCUGGGCAGGAGCUUAUGGUGGAUGGACUCUGGUUUGUUUCAGGCUAUUGGACUUUGCUCCACCCCUCCCUGCUUAGCUGGGUCCUCUCUGUCUGACUCCUAUGCCUCUCGGGCUAACCAGAAAGAGCCCGGCAGAAUGGCACACUCUGAUGUCUUGCUUGAAGUUUUGGACCUAAUGGUUCUGUGAGACUUGGAGAUAUAUAUUAUAGGCAGUACAAGACUCUGGAAAGCAGGUGCAUGGAAGUUUCCAUCCUUGUAAGUGCAUGUGCAUGCAUGUAUGUGCAUGUGCAUAGGUGACUUCCGCAGUUGCUCCCAGGUACAGUUGAGGAGGUUUAUUGUAGACAUGGAAAGAAAGCAGCCGGAGGGAUCUGGAAGGGUCCAGACUGAACAUGGCCAUGAGAGGAGAGAGAGAGCAAAGAGAGGGAGUACCUGGGUACCCGAAUGCCAAGAGGACAGUAGCUAAUAGGGAUCAGAGGUUGGGGGAUGGGAAGCUCAUUCUAGUCCCUGGGCUGGAAGAGUUUAGGGUAGGAAGUGGGGUGUGCCAGCCAUGACUCUGUAACAGGUGCUGAGAGAUGUUGGGAGAGCCUGGUGGCCAGCAUCCCCUUUGAUACAUUAGGUAGCACCUCAGCCAUCUAUCCUGAACUUGAUCCCUAACAUUCUUCCACCUUAUUUGUUUGCUUAUAUUUUUAUUUAAUUUUUCUUAAUCUCAGGUUUUUAAAUGCGCGUGGGUGUUUUGCCUGUAUGCGUAUCUGCGUUACCACACAUGUGCCCUCAGUGGCCAGAAGAGGGCAACAGAUCCCCUGGAGUAGUUGUGUGCUGCUGUGUGGGUGCUGGGAACUGAACUUGGGUCCUCUGGAGUAGAAAAAGUCAGUUCUCUCAGCUUUUCAACUGCCUGCUCUCCGCCAUCUCUUCAGCUCAGAUGGAGGGACCCAGGCCGGCUUCAAACUUGGGAUCCUUUUUCCUCUUUAGCAUUUCCUACUGAGGUAAAAUUCCACAGCCAGCGUCUGCUCCUUGUUUGUAGACCUUUAGACCUAGUCCUAAGCAAGUAAGGUGGGGGAAUGUUAGAUCUCAAGGCCUCAUAUUUUCAGAAGAGGUCUUGAACUGAACCGGAGCUCACCGUUGCAUCUGUGCUGGCCGGCUUCACAGAUCCACCUAUCUCUGCGCCCCCUCCCCCACCCUCCAGCCCCUGAGUUUUGAAGUAGCAGAUGCGCAGUGCCCAGCUUUUGUGUGGAUGCAGGAGCUCUGAAUUCAGGUCCCCACGGUUAUGUGGCUCAGCUAACUCCUUAGUGCACCCCUCCCCCACAAAAAAGAUAGGUUCUCAUUUAGCCCAGGCUGGCCUCCAACUUGACUUGUAAGUUAAGAUGACCUCGAACUCCCAAUCCUGCUGCUUUCUACCAAGUUGCUGGAGGGUCUAGCAUGUACUGUCAUCCUGGGUAUCGUACAAACUCUUUAAUAAAAAGUUCCUUUAAGGGCCGGCAAGAUGGCUCAGUAGAUAAGGUCCAGGUCCCUGUGAACAAGCCGAAUUAUCUGAUUUAUCCCCGUGUCCUGCAGGUGGAUCUCUAAGAGCUCAAGGCAAGCCUGGUUUACAUAGCAAGUUCCAGGACAACCAGGGCUACACUGAGAGAUCCUGUCUUAAAAGAAGGAGAGAGGAAGAGAGGGAGAGAGGUGUCAUUAGAGAGUAUUAAGAAUUUUGGCAUGAGAGUUGGGGAUUUAGCUCAGUGGUAGAGCCCUUGCCUAGUAAGUGCAAGGCCCUGGGUUCGGUCCCCAGCUCCGAAAAAAAGAAAAAAAGAAAAAAAAAAAAGAAGAAGAAGAACUUUGGCAUGUUUGUUGUCUCUGGCCAUGUAUUUAUGAAGAGUCAGCUUGACGCUGGCUAAGGAUACAGACUGUGUGAAGUCCCGACCGCCGCCGUCCUCGGCAGGUCACCGACUUGUGAUGAUGAAGGGUUGGUCUGUUCCCUUAGAGGUUGUCUUGGAUAGAUAGCUGGAUGAAAACUUCAGGGGAAGUGGGCCAUUCUUUCCUCCUCUUCUUACACCGCCCAGCCUUCCUCUGACUUCCAUCCAACUUCACCAUGACCCAGUGUAAGGCAGUGUAACCUCUGUGUGGAAGCGAGGAGAGCCGAAAUGGAGAGAUUUCAGCCGCUCGGCUUCCAUAGCUAGCGAGUGUCCGGGCAGGUGUGGGCGUCUGCGCCUGCGCGGGCUUUCUGUGAUGGGCAGAAGUUGCUGGGGAAGAGAUGUCUCAAGGAGAGGUGAUCAGGGCCUGCCAGGGCUGUAGAGGGAGUGGCCUCUACAGGAGAAAGAGGGCUGAACUUCUAUCGCUCCUUCUCCGGGUAUGGGAGAAAAUACCAUGUGGCCUUCCCCUGCUUCGAUUGCAAAUGCUGGGUGUUUUAGGCAUGCCAAGUGGGUUCGGGCCAUGAGAAAAGAGAGUUGGUGGUGGCCAGUUAGAGGGCGUGGCCAGGCAAAUGAGUGGACGGUGAUGGGGCUCUUUUGGGCUUAAGCUGGGCAGGAGGAUCCGGUACUAGUCAGGGAUGGAGAUGUGAACAACCAGCCUGCAUCCUGCUCCCGGGCAUCUGGCUGGAGGGCUGCCAUCCUUCAGUAGGGGUAGUGAUGACCCCGCUCUUAGGCUGGGUGGCCUAGUUCUGUUUCUUUACCAUCGGCCCAGUUCUGUAUUCCUGAAGCCAGGCAGUGGCAGUCAGCAGCAGUCUGGCUGUCAUCACAGACUAGCGCCACCCCAUGCCGGAGGUCCGUUCCCGCAGUGUUCAUUAGGGGAAUCCGAAGUUUUGAGGGUGUGGGGCUUUUUCUUUUUUUUGUUUUUUUUUUUGUUUUUUUUUUUUUUUUUUGUUUUUUUUGUUUUGUAACUGUCCCAAAGGGCACACAAUUUAUUUGUGGGGCUUUUUCAUAUGAUUACUUACCGUGAGUUGGAAUUUAUAGGCAUGUAUGUAAGGAAAUCUACUUUCUCUAGUGUAAUGUCACCUGGAGGUGACAGUGAGGCUAGUCAGCAGGCAGGAUCAGCGUUCCACCAGGGGUAAUUCGCAGUUAGUCACACUACCCGCUAGGGCACACACUAGCUUACCUGCAGUCCACCAGGACCAGCAUAUAGUGUGUUAGUUCUGUCGCCUGGAGCUUCCCAGGCUGUUUGAAUGAGUAGUUGAGUCAAACCGAGUCCCCAGGCAGAGCUGCGGCUUUAUGAGGUCAGAGACUGUCCUGACAACUAGGUCCAGGGGCGACCAUGUUAACUAGCACCUGGUUCUUAAGCACAGAGGCUGGGUGGAAUGUUUGGGAAGGAUCAGGCCUGCUCGCUCUCUGAGACUCAAGGUGUUUACCAUCUGGGAGUUCUGUGAUAGAACCUUUCAGACCUGGGACUCUGAGGUUCCCCAGAUAGUGCAUCUUCCGGGGAAUGGGGAGAGAGCUGACGUUGGCUCCAGGGCUGCAUUUCUUUUCAAGGAUAGCUGAGCUAGUGGGACCUGCAGGCGUGAGGCCUAGCCAACAUUCCACUGACUCCUGAGACCCAGAGGGACCAGGAAAGGCGGAUUCGACGGGAAAUUGCCAAUAGCAACGAGCGGAGGCGCAUGCAGAGUAUCAACGCGGGCUUCCAGUCCCUCAAGACCCUUAUUCCCCACACAGACGGAGAGAAGCUCAGCAAGGCAGCCAUUCUCCAGCAGACAGCAGAAUACAUCUUCUCUCUUGAGCAGGAGAAGACUAGACUCCUGCAGCAGAACACGCAGCUCAAGCGUUUUAUCCAGGAGCUGAGUGGCUCAUCCCCGAAGCGGCGGCGGGCAGAAGACAAGGACGAGGGCAUUGGCUCACCCGACAUCUGGGAGGAUGAGAAAGCUGAGGACCUUAGGAGAGAGAUGAUCGAGCUGCGGCAACAACUGGACAAGGAGCGCUCCGUGCGGAUGAUGCUGGAAGAGCAGGUGCGCUCUCUGGAGGCCCACAUGUACCCGGAAAAACUCAAGGUGAUUGCCCAGCAGGUGCAGCUGCAACAGCAGCAGGAGCAGGUGCGGCUGCUGCACCAGGAGAAGCUGGAGCGGGAACAGCAGCACCUGCGGACCCAGCUCCUGCCUCCUCCAGCCCCCACCCACCACCCCACCGUGAUUGUGCCUGCACCAGCCCCGCCUUCCUCCCACCACAUCAAUGUUGUCACUAUGGGUCCUUCCUCAGUCAUCAACUCUGUCUCUACAUCCCGGCAAAAUCUGGACACCAUCGUGCAGGCCAUCCAGCACAUUGAGGGCACCCAGGACAGACAGGAGCUGGAAGAGGAACAGAGGCGAGCAGUUAUCGUGAAGUCUGUCCGCAGCUGCCCGGAGGCCCACACCUCUGAUACUGCCUCGGACUCCGAGGCCUCGGACAGCGACGCCAUGGACCAGAGCCGGGAGGAGCCUUUGGGGGACGGGGAGCUUCCCUGACCACCCCCCAGCCCUCCUCUCCCUUCUGGGGGUUAGAGGGGGCCGGGGCAACAACAGGGAGAAACAUGGGUGAAUGAGGAAUUUUUACAAAAUUAUGAUGUCAUUUGGGUCUCUUUUAUGACCUCCUUUUCAAUACUGUAAGUCGACCUUUGAUCGAAGCCACCGGAGCCCAGGUCCCGGGGUUGUGGUGGUGCAUAGCACGCGUGGGAGCAUGGGGCUCCAGGGCUGGGCCUCGGCCCUGGGGCCGAGGAAGCUGACACUGAGGUGCCUGGCCUCUCUCGCCAAAAAGCUUUUUUAUUUUUUGUUUUUGUUUUGUUUUUGUUUUUUCCUUCCAUUUAAACGUGUUUUUAAGAACAGGGAAAAUCAAACAAAACCCCAAGUUUUUUGCUUCCUCCCCAGAGCCAGCCCGAGGCCGUCUGUCUCCACCUCUUCCCUCUAUUGGGUUGUCUUUUUCUCUUUUAAGCACUUACAUGGGUUGGGGGUCAGGCUGGGUUGGGGCUUUCUGGGGAUCCGGACCCGGGAACAGGGGGACCCGGGAAUCCGGGAUCAACAUUGCUUCUCGGUUGGGGUUUGCUGCUGCCAUUGUCCCCUCCCCCUCCCCACCUCAGCAACAGAAUUGGCCACUCUCUGCCUCCACCUUCCACCUUCCCCUGCAGGGUUCCUGUCAUUGAUCCCAAAAAUGUCUUUGUCUCUCUUUUUGUUUUGUUUGUUGUUGGUUUUAUUUUGGUUUUGGUUUUGUAUUUUUUUUUUUAAUUUUAAAUUUUCUUUUUUUCUUUCUUUUUUUACAAUUUUGAGGUCUUUGUGUCCAAGGAGAAGCUAUUAUAUUUUGUUAAGAAAAUGGGGGUAGGGAACAAAAUACCAAGAGGCCAUUGUGCCUUUGUAAAGAAACAAAAUAAAAUUUGUACUUUGUUUUUUA